AUGAUGCUGCUGACGCAGGUUGUCUUGUUACUGGCCUUUGCGAGCUGUGAUGCUGCUGAUGCAGGGUUUCUUGUUUCGGGUCACCGACUGGUCUUUGCGAUCUGUGUUCCUGCUGUGGUGACCGACUGGCCUUGCGAGCUGAUGCUGAUGAUGUUGGUUCGUGUUUUGGUGAUCGAUGGGCCUUUGCCAGGUGAUGCCGCUGUUGCAGAUUGUCCUAUUUUGGUGACCGACUGGCCUUUGCGAGCUGAGGAUGGUCCUAUGAAAGCUGGUGCCGAUGAUGAUAUCCUGGCUCCCUACACUGCUGGCGCAGUGUACAGGCUUGUGAUGCUCAUGGUCUGUGUUCUCAGCAUCAUGGCCUAUGCAACCAUUGCGAUGUCCGGUGCCGAGCCGCACAGCAAAAGGUGUCAUCAGUGCUACUUCGAUGCUGGACAAAUCGUCAGGAUCGGCGACGAUGCACCUGGCAACGACCGCAAAGCAGCAAUCAAGAGCUGUCGGGUGGACCGAGGUCUUGCGCACCAGAUCUCGGCCAACUGUCAAUUUUACUCCAGAGGAGAUGGAUUGGCCCAACGAAUGAUGGAUUUGGCGAAAGUGCGGAUGGUAGCCGGGGAGAUUGAGGAAAAGGGACCGGAAUUCCCAUCCUUUUUCCUCAUUCUCCCCGACAGCCUUCCGCUCUUUCGCAAAAACACAAGGCCAGGAGUCGAGGAGGCAGAGCUCCACGCAUCAAGCGAGGUAGCCGUGCAGUCUCACCUUGGACACAGCACUUGGGGUUGCUAG